CAUUUAUAAAUAAAAAAGAAAUUCCUCCGCAUAAAAGGGAGGGCAGAGCAGAACCGUUGACAAGGGCUGGUCCCUAAAAGCCAAACAAAUGGAAUCCAAUCCCUAUAAUUGAAACCCCCGGGGAUGCUGAACUACACUAUUUGCCUAAAACAUUUACUGCGUGUUACAGACACAGGCACCGCAUUCGAAACCCUCAAUCUAAAUUACAAAAGCCCUGCCAAAAAAUAACGACAAUCCCAGCCCAAAAUAAUCAGAACCACCACCCAAAGAGAUUACUCGAGAAACACCCAAGAAGAUAGAACAAAAUAAAUUGGAAACAAAAUCCUGGCCAGAGACGCGCUUGUAUCGGUUUGGUUAUGAAUUGCGUAGGGUCAAGAAAGAGAUCAAGCGUUCCAUGUAUGGAUGUGGAGGUUCUUGAAUCUCUUUCAAUUGCAGAUGAUGAAGACGAUGAAGAAAUCCAGCGGCCUCUUGUUAAAAAUCCCAGUAGCAACAAAAACAGUAACAACAACAUUGUUAACAGUGGCAAUCAUCACACCAGUGCUCUUAGCGCUGUUGUUUCUCCCGCUGCCAGCAGCGUCCACGAGCUCCUUGAGUGCCCUGUCUGCACUAAUUCUAUGUAUCCGCCUAUUCACCAGUGUCAUAAUGGGCAUACGCUUUGUUCCAACUGCAAGUCUAGAGUUCUCAACAAAUGCCCUACUUGCAGACAAGAACUUGGGGACAUUAGGUGCUUAGCCUUGGAAAAGGUUGCAGAAUCUCUGGAUUUACCUUGCAAGUAUUACAAUAUUGGAUGCCCAGAAAUUUUUCCAUACUACAGUAAGCUUAAGCAUGAGAGCCAAUGUACUUUCAGGCCAUAUAAUUGCCCCUAUGCAGGAUCAGAGUGUUCUGUUACAGGCGAUGUUAAAUCCCUAGUUACACAUUUAAGAGAUGAUCAUAAAGUGGACAUGCACUCUGGUUGUACUUUCAACCAUCGAUAUGUAAAAUCGAACCCACGUGAAGUUGAGAAUGCCACAUGGAUGCUGACAGUCUUCAAUUGUUUUGGACAGUAUUUCUGUCUUCAUUUUGAAGCUUUUCUAUUGGGAAAUGCACCAGUGUACAUGGCUUUUCUGCGUUUUAUGGGAGAUGAUAAUGAAGCGAAGAAUUUCAGCUAUAGCCUUGAAGUUGGGGCCAAUGGCAGAAAGCUGAUCUGGCAAGGAGUUCCCAGGAGUAUUAGAGAUAGUCAUCGAAAAGUUCGUGAUAGCCAUGAUGGGUUGAUCAUUCAGAGAAACAUGGCAUUAUUCUUUUCAGGAGGAGAGAGGAAAGAAUUGAAGUUGAGGGUCACUGGGCGAAUCUGGAAAGAACAGUGAGGACUAAUUUUUCUCAUUUGCAGCUUUGUUAUGGAGGAAGAAGACAUGUUAAUUCUAGCUAUUGGUGCCUCUAGGAAUCUCGCUGAAUAAUUUUGGAGAACAUCAACUAUACAUAUGGAUUGAUUUAGUGCAGAUAUAAGCGUAGACAGUCUGCAAUUGGAGGUUGAUUUUGUUCAGCCAAUGGAAACCAGGCAAUUUUAGGCUGUAUUUUGGAGGUUUUGUGUAGGAUUUAAUUCUAUUACAAUUUGAUGGUUUGUUAAUACUCUUAUAUGUUCUGGGUACUUUACAUCACUGUAUAUUUGCGGUGAAUUCAACUUAUGUAAUAUUUGGCUUCACUCAAUGGCUAGCGCCUUUACAUGCAGGGGCCAUAAGCAUGUAACUUCUUCACCAGUUCAACAGAAACUGUGAAGCUGCACAUCAUGAUUUGGAUAUCAUUGACCUUUCCUGAUAUAGUUGGCAAUACAUAUCUUGUAUUUAUUGACAAUUGAGUGCAUCUUGGUAGCUGACUAUGAGCUAUGUCAGAAAUGAAAAGGGGUGUCAUGAUUGAUGUAAACAUAAAGUGCAGUGUGAAUCAUGUUACACGUGCAAUCUAGAAUCUCUAAAACUAUAUAGAUUAGUGUUUUAUAUUGAGAACUUCCGAGAAUCAUUAGAGGAUUAUUUAUUGCUGCAAGUAUAUAUGAAUAUAAUUUCUGUUUUUGUC